GUUGAAAACAGAUUCGAUCUGUUUCGACUCGGUGGAGGAGGCGGCUACUAUUUGAGUGGGUUCAACUCGUAGUGAGGUUGCUUGGUGUGAGAGAUACUCUGGGUUGACAGAUUCUGGGAAGAAUUUCAGUACAAGAACCAGGGAAAGACGUCCAACAGAAGAUUGCAAAACCGGUUCUCUUAUAUCUGUUAAGGAAGUUGAUCGGAGGUUCAAGUUCAGUCUUGUAAGGAAAGGAGAGGGCUGCAAAGUUCUAAGUCAUUGAGUCAGUUGUGUUGAAAGCUAGCUCUAAAGAUUGCUUUUACUGAAAAAGGUGUUAAGAUAUGGAUUCAGAAGAAGAAAAUCAUGCCACUGAAGAUGACUUACCAUCUGACGAGAAGAAGGGAAGAGGUCCAACUCUCAUGUCCGAUAUUAUUCACGGUAGGAGUAAGGGGGCUCGAAUGGAAGUGACAUAUAACAAAAAGGGGCAACCAAUUGGUCUUGGAGGGAAGAGGCUAGCUACUUUUAUUGGGGUAAUGGCUUGAACUACUAUCCCAAUCACAUAUGAGACUUGGCCAGCCGUGAAGAAUUCACUUAAAGAAAUGAUAUGGAGUAUGGUUCAGAAAUCAUUCAUUGUGGAUCCAAGAAGCAAGAAAGAUGUCUUGAGUAGUGCAGGAAGGAAAUGGAAAUCAUUCAAGAGCACUUUAACUACAAAAUAUAUAUUGAAGUAUAAAGAUCGGCGCAGCCUCCUAAAGAAAAAACCUGAAGAAUAUGAGUUUAUUACUCAACCUGAGUGGGAAGCUUUUGUGAAGUCUCGAUUAACUCCAGAAUUUUUGGAAAUUCAUGAGGACCACUCAAGGAGACGAGCUUUGAAUGAGUAUGAUCAUCGAAUGUCUAGGAAAGGCUAUGCUAAUUUGGAAGAGGAACUAAAAAUGGAGUUAGGGACUAAAGACGAUAUUGAUAGAGCCAUCUUAUGGAAGAAAGGGCGUGUCGAUAAAGAGGGUAACUAUUUGAGUGAGACAACCAAACAACGUGCUGACAAAAUUGAUGCUUUAACGAAAGAUGUGAGGGAGGGAAUUGUGUCUGCUGUUGGUAGGAACGACAUUUUAACUCAAGCUUUGGAGACACCUGAGCAAUCGGGCCGUGUAAGAGGUGCUGGACAAUUUGUUACACAUAAGGUGUACUUUAAUACAUCUAGAUAUAAGUCUGCAACCAAGACACAACUGUUGGAACAGCAGUUGGAAUUGAUGCAAAACCAGAUCAACAUGUUUGCUUCAUUAUUGGAUCCCGAGAAGUUGGAUCCAAUUAAACUAGGCAUGAUUCGAGACAUGUUCAGAUGUAAUAAUGGAUCUGAAAAAGCUAGUUGCUCAGUCGACAAGGAGAAAAAUCUGUCUUCUAAGGAGGAAGUAUCUAAGGUGGCAUCUGAGAAAGAAAAAGAGAAAAAAGCUACCGCCAAAAAGGUUCGAAAAUGGGAUGAUACUCCAUCUCCAAUUGAUAGCAGUAGAGAGAGCAAGAAGGCAAAACAAUUGUAUAAAGGGGGACUAAUGAUGAGACAGAGAGGAGCAUUGGAAGAUGACAAUGUGAUAACAUCAACAGAUAAAGCAUAUAUUCCUAUUGAGACAGCAAAUGUUGUAAAAAAGGGGAAAAAAUGCAAGCUAGCAGUAGACACCAAAGAUAACAUUGUUGCAAUGGGAACUGUAAUAAUGUUGGAUGGGCUGAUACAUGGAGUGCCCCUAGGAGCAGAAAAUAUAUAUAUCUCAAUUGAUGUGCCCAUCAAGGAAGAUGCUAAUCUCCCCAUCCCAAAUGAGUCAGCUGAAAUUUUUACAGUAAAGCAAGCUACCGGUACUCAUGUCGCUUGGCCUCGACAUCUUGUUUUAAUGUCACAUGAAGAGAACUCAAUGAGCACUUGGAAGUCUUCGAGUAAAACACCAUGCAAACAAGCAGCAUACAAGAUGCCUGUGUCCGUGCAUCUUCUACUGCGUUUGGUAAGAACAAUGGAUGAAUCUAUAGCAGUGUCAGUCCCAAUGGAAGAAGGUGUGUUUGGCAAUGACCACAAUACAUUCAUAAACGACACCUCUGGUCAUUGUUGA